GGCCCGAACACGGCAAACGCCCUGAGAACAACAAACUCCCGCAGAUCCAAUGCAGGCCUGUUAAGCUCUGUCCUCAACGUCGUCCUCAACGUCCUCGCCGUCGCAUGCGAUGCCCAGCUCGACCGUCUCUCUGGAGCCCCUGAGCUCACCCUCCCCAUCUCCACCGCCGCCAGAAACUACCAACCUUUCAUCGAACGGAGGCGCAGGAGCUGGCUUUGACACCGACUCUGAACUCUCCGAUCUGACGGAAGACGAGCAGGAGAAGGAUAUCCAAACGAAUGACGAUGAUAGUGACGAGGUACGUCCUCGACCCGCUCGACGAGGCGGCAGAAAGAAACGCGGUGGUAUCGUGCCCGAGCCCAUGUGGGGUUGGGCGACAAAACCGAAAAAGGAUGACUGGAGAACGAAGACGGUAGAAGAAGAGGAGGAAGAGGAGCAGGCUGGACCGCCAAAGGCUAUGGAGGAAGAAGAGGAUGACGAUAUUGACAUCCCAUCACCUGUGCCAGUAGACGAUCCUGUGAGCAACGCCAAAGCUGAGGAGGACAUACUCGAAGACGACGACGUUGUGCCGCAAAAGGAUGUAGAUAAUACACCUGCACGACAUGUAGAAGACGAGGACGAGGACGACGUUCUAUCAGAGGAGGACGACAAUGAACCUGCAGACGGGCCCGUAGACGAAGCCGAAGACGCGCCACUACCACCAGCUGCUGAUGACGAUGCGUCGCCUGAAGCCAGCGAGGACGAUGUCGACGAUGGGAUACAUCCGGGUGCCAGCACCGGUGAAGUCGAGUUCCCUUCGCCAAGUCCCGUUCCAGACGAAACUGAAGAUUACCCACCCCAAUCAACAACACCGCCAGUUCCCGCGCCAUCCGAACCAGACGCUACCUCAACAGCCCUUAUUGUCAAAGCCCCGACACCGGUGGUCGCGCCCGUCGUCGCUCCAGCUGCACCCGCACCGUCAUCUAUCAUGGCAGGCUCGCAAGUGAUCGUGUCCGUUCCACCCUCACCAUCUUCGUCUUCUGCUUCUGGCACCCCACAUAUAUCACCUUUUCCAUCUCGCACGCCGACGCCAGAACCUACCUCAGAUCAUGAAGUGGAGCCUAAACCAGCAGUUCGUAGAGGCAAACCCGCCAGAGCUGCGCGUACUGUGCGGGCGCGGGGGAGGAGGAAGCCCAAGCAUGAGCCUUCUGACCAUGAGGCGGAGGCAGAGCAAGCUGUUGCCGAUGCAGAAGACCACGAUGCUGCAGACGACGAUAUGGACUUGGAUUCUCCGGAAAUGGAGAUGGAGUCUGACCUGCUUCCGGUGCACAGAGCUGAGGCGUUGGAUGUUUUGGCUCAGAUUGAGUUGAAAUUUGCUCAGCUCAGAGAACGCAUAUACGUGGAGAAGAUGGAAGGCCUGGCUUGGGAGGACGCAUUGGUUGCAGAGGGUACGCAUCCGGAAAUGCACCAUUUGCAAACUGAGCUGUCAAUGCGGAGGGACAAGCGAUUAGAGUUGGCAUCCCGGAGGCGCGAUUACGAGGUGUCUAAUGUUAGCAAACGCCGGAAACUGGACGAGGAGGGUGUAUGGAGUUGGUGGCAGAGUCAGCGAGAUGGGUUGCAGGACGAAUUGCUUGCUGAGACUAAUCGCAAGAAGAGGAAGCUAGACAGAGAGCGACGUGCUUUAGAUCGGCCUCAGCCAGCUCGUCGUAUACCUGGCGCCCCUCAUAUUGUGUCCCCGUCCCAGUCACUUCGCGACGUCGUCAAGGCAUACCCUUACGACCCUACAUCAUUUAGAGAUAACAUACAUGCUCCUGGGAAGAAGCCUUCGUCACAACGAGCACCAUUGGUUUACCCUCAGCUCACCACUCUCUCGCCUAUUGACAUUAUGAGCGAUCUUGAAACACUUUUCCACCACCGUCGUCAAGCUGCCGCCUAUGACCUCCCUCGUCCAGGCAUGAUUCCUCCAAAUGCCAUGUACGGAGGCCCCGCGCCCGGUCUCCCUCCUUUUGACCCAUUCAACAUGAUGGUAGACGGACAUAGCCGCUUCCCCCCACCGCCGCCACAACCUUUACAGCAUCUGCAAGGACCGCCAGGCUUUAUGGGUUCUGAUAUGGGCCCAGGGCCCGGUCCUCGUAUGCAGAAUCCACAUCCAUCACACUCUAUGGUUGAUGCGGAGAUGGUAGCAAUGGGUCGUCCGCCGUCUAGCGCAGGCUUGUCGAAUCAUAUGCAGUCAUAUCCACCUGGGGCCAUGCAAGUGAACCUCAUGAGACGAUCUAUAUCUCCCGUUCCUGUUCAGUCCUUCUCUAAUGGUCAAGCCCCGCCCAUACAUGGCGGUUCUUCUUCAAGCAAUGGUCCCAAACCCCAUGGAUGGAUGAAUAUUAGUGGGCCGGGCCCUUCUUCAAUGCCUGGAAAUGAACGAGAGCCAAAACGGAUGAAUGGGAGUCAUCACGACAUGCUGGAGCGAGAGAUGGACCGUGAACGUAUACCGGACGGUAUGAAAUCUUCGACACGAGAAAGGACUGAGCGAGAUCGCGAAAGAGAAAGAGAACGUGAGCGGGAGCGGGAACGGGAACUCGAACUCGAAAUGGAACUCGAUCGAUCUCAUCAUAUACAUGCAUUACAGCGUCAAGGAUCUCAUUCACAUCCUCUCCAACUUAUCCAUCCUGCAGGAAAUCGGCAACCUAUUCUCCACAGCUCAGCCCACCAACAUCACCAACAUAAUCACCGUGACCAUCAUGGACAUCGCCACCAUGUCAUACACCACCAUUUUCCGAACGGCCCUAACGGCCCCGGUGGCAUGCCUGCUAUGAAUGGCAAUGGAGGUUUACCCGGGAACUUGAGUCCUCGGACACAGCGUGAACUGGAAUUACGUAGACCGCAUUCCGGUGCACCUACGGAAGUGAUCGAUCUAGCUUCCUCUAACUCAAAGCAUAUGCUAGCAUCUCCGGCACAGGGUUACUGGAAGGGUGACGAAAGACCGCCAUCGUCAGAUCCGAGUCGAGAUCGAGGUAGACAACCUUUGGGACCACCACCAGUAGGGCCUCAUGAACGAUCGGGCGGACCGUUCGUUAUGACGCCUUCUCAAGCAAUGCAAUCAAGCGUCCCACCUUCACCCCGGAUUAUGGCAGGACCAGGGCCUUCAAAUCCGUCGGGAUCUCUUGUGCCAUCGAGAAGAAGUUCAUGGAGUGGUGUUGAUGAAGGUGCUCCUCGUCCACCUUCGCCUGUUUCGUUAAGGCCUUCACCUCCUGGGCAUCCACCAACAAACUCGUCUCAUCGUCAUUCUGCUUCUGGAAGUCAGAUCGGGCGACGCCAGGGAUCUCCGACAUUGCCACAGUCACGCACGCCUGUCAUACUUUCUCCAUCAAGAAGUAAUGGGAUGAGAUUGCCUCCACUCAGUCCAUCCAACUCGAAUCGAGCUCCUCGUUCUCCUAUCCGGGCAUCACAGCCAUUAUCACAACCUCCCGCAAUCAAUCAGCCACUCUCGAGUAGUAGUCCGAAGCUCAAGGCUCAUAGACAGACCCCACCACCACCCAUGACUCGGUCUCCACUAAUACGAGAGCACGCGGCAGGUUCAGCAGUGCCUCCUCUACCACCACCACUCAAUGCUUCGUCAAUGACUCCUCGGACAUCAUCACCACUGACCAUGUUCCCGCCACCGCAGGUGCCGCAUCCUUCAUCUCUUCCGCCUCGUCUACAAGACAAACACUCAGCUAAUCUGACGAACGCUCCUAAGAUGAAUGCCGUGCCUAUCGAUGGAUCUUGAUUUUCUUUUUUUCUUUCCUUUUAUAUGUGCGGAUUUCUAGUUGUCUUGUUUUUUUAUGUUCUUUUAUGUCGUGUUCCCAGGUAAUAUGUCAUGUAUCGUCGCACCCCUUGCUCUGCAUAUCUUUGAAUCUCCGUGAUCGUGAUCAUGAGACCGUUUUGAUUUUCCACCUUUCGAUUUAGCCACUUUCAGCCACCGAGAAUCCGAGGAACAACUGACAGCAUGGGAAAGAAGAAAUGUGGACGUUGCGUCCUUGUGGACUUCGAAAAAAUAACGGCGCUCUCCAGAGAUUCUGUCGAAUUUGACCCACUUUAAGGCAGCCGCACACGUUCCGUUUGAAAUUCUUCAUGUCUUGUGUUGCACUGAAUGCCACGUCCCCACCUUAGAGCAUGC